AUUCGUGAUUCGGGGGCCCACAGCCCUCUUCCCUCAGGCGACACCCUCGCCUUCCCGGGACAAAAUUGCUCAUUUCCUCUUUCGGCGCGGUUCCUACACCCCGAACCUAUAAAAACUACAGUUUGGCUCCUCCGCAGAAGGAAUCUUAGAAGUCUCCCUUUUGAAAAACAGGAAGUUUAUUUCCAGAAGACAGCCACAAAAACUGGCUUUUGGGGGGUCUUUAAAGAGUUAAUUGACCCAGAACCCAUUUUCAGGAAAACAGCUUCCUUCAAAAUGGUAAAAUAAUGGAAUGAGGAAUUUGGACAUUUUAUAUUUGGAUGGAACUCUGCUGUGGAUGAAAACAGUGAUUAUUGAUCCAAGCCAUGUGGUAAAAUUGGGAAUUUGAAGAAAAUGGAAGUACUUUUUUUUCUGGUGACACAUAUUUUGCUACCGGUCGUAAGAGGGCACAGUCUCUUCACCUGUGAACCAGUUGCUGUUCCCAGAUGUAUGAAAAUGGCCUACAAUAUGACAGUUUUUCCUAAUCUGAUGGGUCAUUAUGACCAGGAUACUGCUGCAAUGGAAAUGAAGCUUUUUCUUCCUCUUGCAAAUCUGGAAUGUUCACCAAAUAUUGAAACUUUCCUUUGCAAAGCUUUUGUACCAACCUGCCCAGAGCAAAUUCAGGUGAUUCCACUCUGUCGUAAAUUUUGUGAGAAAGUAUAUUCUGAUUGCAAAAAAUUAAUUGACACUUUUGGUAUCCGGUGGCCGGAGGAACUUGAAUGUGACAGAUUACAGUACUGUGAUGAGACUGUUCCUGUAACUUUUGAUCCACCCAUAAAGUCUCUUGGCCCUCAGAAGAAAGCAGAACAAGUACAUAGAGACAUUGGAUUUUGGUGUCCAAGACAUCUCAAGACAUCUGGCGGGCAAGGCUAUAAGUUUCUGGGAGUUGAACAGUGUGCACCUCCAUGCCCCAACAUGUAUUUUAAAAGUGAUGAGCUAGAGUUUGCAAAAAGUUUUAUUGGGAUAGUUUCAAUAUUUUGUCUUUGUGCAACUCUGUUCACAUUUCUGACUUUUUUAAUUGAUGUUAAAAGAUUUAGAUACCCAGAGAGACCAAUUAUAUACUACUCUGUCUGUUACAGCAUUGUAUCUCUUAUGUACUUCAUUGGGUUUUUGCUAGGCAAUAGCACAGCCUGUAAUAGGGCAGACGAGAAGCUAGAAUUUGGUGACACAGUUGUUCUAGGCUCUCAAAAUAAGGCUUGCACUGUUUUGUUUAUGUUUUUAUAUUUUUUCACAAUGGCUGGCACUGUGUGGUGGGUGAUUCUUACCAUUACUUGGUUCUUAGCUGCAGGAAGAAAGUGGAGUUGUGAAGCCAUUGAACAAAAAGCAGUGUGGUUUCAUGCUGUUGCAUGGGGAACACCAGGUUUUCUGACUGUUAUGCUUCUUGCUAUGAACAAAGUUGAAGGAGACAAUAUCAGUGGAGUUUGCUUUGUUGGCCUUUAUGACAUGGAUGCUUCUCGCUACUUUGUACUCUUGCCACUGUGCCUUUGUGUGUUUGUUGGGCUUUCUCUUCUUUUAGCUGGCAUUAUUUCCUUAAAUCACGUCCGACAAGUCAUACAACAUGAUGGUCGAAACCAAGAAAAACUAAAGAAGUUUAUGAUUCGAAUAGGAGUCUUCAGUGGCCUGUAUCUCGUACCAUUAGUGACACUUCUUGGAUGUUACGUCUAUGAACAAGUGAGCAGAAGUUCCUGGGAGAUAACGUGGGUCUCUGACCACUGUCGUCAGUACCACAUCCCAUGCCCUUAUCAGGCAAAAACAGAAGCUCGACCAGAAUUGGCUUUAUUUAUGCUAAAAUAUCUGAUGACAUUAAUUGUUGGUAUUUCUGCUGUCUUCUGGGUUGGAAGCAAAAAGACAUGCACAGAAUGGGCUGGUUUUUUUAAACGAAAUCGCAAGAGAGAUCCAAUCAGUGAAAGUCGAAGAGUACUACAAGAGUCAUGUGAGUUUUUCUUAAAACACAAUACUAAAGUUAAACACAAAAAGAAGCACUACAAACCAAGUUCACAUAAGCUGAAGGUCAUUUCCAAAUCCAUGGGAACCAGCACAGGAGCUACAGCAAAUCAUGGCACUUCCGCAGUAGCAAUCACUAACCAUGAUUACUUAGGACAAGAAACUUUGACAGAAAUCCAAACCUCACCAGAAACAUCAGUGAGAGAGGGGGGAGCAGAUGGAGCCACCAUCUCCAAAUUAAGAGAACAGGACUGUGGUGAACCUUCCUCACCAGUAGCAUCCAGCUCCAAACUCUCUGGGGAACAGACCGACAGAAAGAGCAAGGGAGGCACCGUGAAUGAUAAGAGCAGUCUAUCUGAAAGUGUGCGGAGUGAAGGAAGGGUAAGUCCAAAAAGUGAUUUUACAGAAACUGGCCCAGGGCAAAGCAAUAAUUUGCAAAUCUCCAAUUCUUCACAGCCAAGCAGCCUCAAGGGUUCCACAUCAUUGCUUGUUCACUCGAUUUCAGGAAGCAGAAAAGAGCAGGGUGCUGGCAGUCAUUCAGAUACUUGAAAAUUACAUAAAUGGGAUUCAUAUUACACUGGAGGUAACUAAUGCAGUUUUAUGAGAAUCACUACUAUAUUCUUAUUUUGCACUUAAAACUUAUUGCCUACUGUUACACUGAAAAAAAUAGAUUUCAAGAAUCAUAGGAUUCAUUUCACAUAGCCUAAUGACAACAGUAUGCCUAGAAAACAGAAAUGUGCAGGUUAAUAAUAUUUUUUAAAUUUUGUGGGAGGAGGGAGUUAGAAGGAAUCUUCCUUGUCUAUUUAUGAAGAUUCUAGGUAAAAGUACUUUAAGAUGUACUAUGCUAUUUCAUUUUGUGAUACAAAAUCAAGAUAUUUCUUUUAAAUAUUUAAAACAUUUCUUUUAAAUAUUUAAAACAUAUCCUUAUAUCUUUUUUAUAUAUUUGAAAAUAAAUUUGUAUGUAAAUUUGAACUUUUUUUAGAUAUCCUGGAAAACUAUUCAAAUAUUUUUAUUAUAGUAUCAUUCUGAUAUUUUAUUUUAGCAAUACUUGGGUAGCUUUUACACUGAAUUUCUGAGAUAAUAGUAUUUUUUUAUAAUAUAAGAAAGCUGACACACUAAAAGGUGUAAUAGCAAUUCAACUUAAAACACUCUACCUUAAAUAUGUGAAUUUUACAAUUUCUCUUUAUUUUAGAAAUUUCACAGAUCUAUUAUGUAACUGAAAUAAGGUGCUUACUUAAAGGGUGUCCAGUGUUGAGUGUAUCAUGCUGCUCACUGACCCUUCUGCAUUUUCUUAAAUAAAAUGUCUUGAAGGAUUAGUAGAUGAAAUGUUACUCUUUUAUAAAUUAAGAAAGUGUAUUUUUUUCCUUUUAAUAUUUGCUGACCACCCCAGAUUGUAUUAUGACCAUAGACUGUUGCUUAUACUGUAACUUUUGUUUUUAAAAUUUUAGAAUAGUAUCAUCACUUUGUAUUUGUGCACUGUCUUCUCAGACAUUAUGUAGAAAUCAUUUCUGAAUCACGUAGGAUUUUGCUGAACAUUCAAAAGUGUGUAACAAGGUGCCAAUCAAAUGGAAAAAACACAUAGUUCUGAUCAAGAAAACAACAUUUUAUACAGCAUAUUUUAGGAUAUUGUAAAUCUUAAAAUUUUGUUUCCCAGUAAUAAGGUUUUCUGAUGCUUUUUUUUUCCUCUAAGCAUUCUGUUAAAACAUAAAUUUUCAUGUACUGUAUGGAAAACGUUGUAAAUAUUGAGUUUUCACAUUUUUAAACAGGUAUCUUUGUAUA